UAAAUUGGGAAAGAAAUACUCUGAAAAUCGAAACAGGCAUCAUGGCUGUAUGGUAAAAGCAGAAUCUUUAAAAACAGAGCCGUUUUUCGGUUCCGACACUGCAAUCAUUUAGAAAUUUGAACGACGAUUUAAUCUCAAUCCUCAACCGCCUCGCCCGCCCACUCCUUAUCUGUUGUAAUCGGAAUCUGGGAUCGCGCUAAAUUCGCGAGUUUUAGCGUUCAAUUUGCCGGAAAUGGCAACGGCUGCGCGCCAGGGACCGGCGAGUUUGGGCUCUUUUGUCAAUGAGCUGAAGAAGCAGAGAGAUGAAGACAUGGACGAUGAUGAACCUUUGUUGUCUAGGGUUUCCAGCCUUCCCGCCUCGGCUAACAAUCAGAGGAGGCGCAAAACUAUCACCAAGACCAAGUCUGCGCCGUGCCGCCCCGAACGCCAAUCGUCCUUCAGCCGUGACCUUGGCCAUGCCGCCGCCGAGACGUAUUUGAUCACUCGCCUUAGUUUCAAGCUUCUUAGCUAUCUCGGGGUAGGCUAUCGAUGGAUUACAAGACUUCUUGCUCUUGGUUUAUAUGCUAUGCUGCUUAUGCCUGGUUUUGUUCAAGUUGGAUUUUAUUACUUCUUUUCACCCCAAGUCCGAAGAAGUGUUGUUUAUGGGAGUCAACCAAGAAAUAGAUUGGAUUUAUAUUUACCAACAAAUAGAGAUGGUUCAAAGCCUGUUGUAGUAUUUGUCACUGGUGGGGCAUGGAUUAUUGGGUACAAAGCAUGGGGUUCUCUCUUGGGGAAACAAUUAGCUGAACGGGACAUCAUAGUAGCAUGUCUUGAUUACAGAAACUUUCCACAAGGGACAAUCAGUGAUAUGGUGGACGAUGUUUCUCAGGGGAUCUCAUUCAUUUGUAACAAUAUUGCAGAAUACGGUGGUGACCCAGACAGGAUUUAUCUCAUGGGUCAAUCUGCUGGUGCACAUAUUUCUUCCUGUGCUCUUGUGAAGCAGGCAAUUAAAGAAUCAAGAGGGGAAACGGUCUCUUGGAGUGCUUCAACCAUAAAGGCGUAUUUUGGUUCAUCAGGGGGGUAUCAUUUACCCAGCCUAGUUGACCACUUUAAUGGCAGAGGGUUAUAUCGCUCUAUUUUUAUGAGUAUAAUGGAAGGCGAAAAAUCCUUGAAGAACUUCUCCCCUGAAAUGUUGGUCCAGGAUCAGAGUUCUAAAGCUGCACUCUCAUUGCUUCCUAACUUUAUCCUAUUCCAUGGUACUGAUGAUCGGUCCAUACCGUGUGAUGCAAGUAAAACAUUUGCAGAUGCUCUUCUGCAAGUGGGGGCUCGAGCUGAAGUGAUAUUGUAUGACGGGAAAACCCACACGGAUUUAUUUCUUCAAGAUCCUCUUAGAGGUGGCCAAGAUGAUCUCUUCGACUACGUAGUAGCCUUGAUACACGCAGAUGACAAAGAAUCUCUUGCCAAGGACGCUAAAGCGCCUCCAAGAAGACGGCUUGUUCCCGAGAUUUUGUUGCAGUUGGCUCGAUGGAUCAGCCCCUUUUAAGACCUCAGCCAUUUUUGUCUUCGAAAGCAAUGGAGCUGGCUCAGUACAACCAUGGAGUGCCCUUUCCCAACUGAACUCUGAAGUAGAUUGCAAGAUCAUCUUCCACGCUUUCUUUCCAUGCCGAUAGAAUGAGAUAAUCUCAUAGAUCCUUUACAUGAUUUGUGUUGCAUGACUUCUUGUCAACUUGAUCUUUUAUAAUAGUUGGCUUUCUCAGUAUACAUUGUUUAUGAAACUCAUCCAUAGCUUUUUAAAUAGUUCAUCAUUUUAUCAUGCUAGAUCUUUUAUACCAUAGUUCAUUUUGAACUUGAGUUUUGAUUGGAUUGUAUAU